AUGCCAUCUACAUCAAACCCCUACAUAAUCUUCACAAAAACCGCCAAACACCAAAUAAAACUGCUCUCCCAAAACCAAUGCUGGGCCUGCACCGGUACAUCCCCAGAUAUUUCCCUUGUGGUAGACUGGGACUAUCAAAACCUUAACCACCUCACCCAAAGAGGCCUCCUAAACUACAACCCUUAUUCUCCUGAUAAUGGAAUCGCGCUAUGCGGCACCUGCAAAGUAAACUUCAUCCCAAAUAACAACGACCCCGGCUGGAUCUUCACUCCCUCCGAUCUAGAAUACUUCAUCGAGUAUGAAGAAAAAGACUACCACUCCCGCACACAAGCAGCAAAACACGACAUCCUCGCACCCCGAACCUGCCCCUCAACAAACGACUACCGCGCUCACCAAACUUCCCAGGGCAUUAUCAACGAAAACGAAGUCGGCGGUUUGUAUCGAAAAAUUUGGCGGAGGGAUUUCCAGCCUAUGAUUUGUGAAAGUGUGGUUGAGGAAUUGGUUGUUUGGCAUGGGGCGCCGAUGGCGGCGGUUACGAGGGCUUUUGGGGUGUUUGGGUUGGAGAGUGAGAGGGUUCCUGGGGAUGUGCUGGAUGGGUUGAGGAGGUUGAAGGAGUUAUAUGCGAGGCCGGCGCCGAGUUUUCGCAGGAUAGGAGUGUAUAGGGGAUGGGAUCGGUGGAUGGUGGGAGUGGGGUUUGUUAAGGAUAUUGCUGCACUUGAGGGUAAUUGUGAUGAUUUAGAUUUUUUUGAGACUACGCAUUUUUUCUUUUUUAGCAAGGUUCAAUUGAAGCAUAUUAGAGAACGUAAUGGAACCUGGAAUUACUGA